CACGGGGCCAGCCUCCGAGCUGGACGCGGCCAAUGGGGCUGCGCCCGCAGGCGGCAGGCUCCGGGAAGAUGGCUGCUGCCGUGCUGCUGGCAGCGGGUUUGCGCGGUGCGCGCACAGCCCUGGGGGCCCGGCGGGCGCAGGUUCGAGGGAAUGCAGGCGUGGCUGACGGGAGUGAAGUGACCAAGGCUCAGAAAGCAGCGCCUGGAGGAGCAGCACCGACCAUCUUCUCCCGGAUUUUGGACCGAAGCCUCCCAGCUGACAUUCUAUAUGAAGAUCAGCAGUGUCUGGUGUUCCGGGAUGUGGCCCCUCAGGCUCCCGUGCACUUUCUGGUCAUUCCUAGGAAGCCCAUUCCUCGAAUUAGCCAGGCUGAAGAAGAAGACCAGCAGCUGCUGGGACACCUACUCCUUGUGGCCAAGAAGAUAGCAAAGGCUGAGGGUCUGAAGGAUGGGUAUCGACUUGUGGUCAAUGAUGGGAAGAUGGGCGCACAGUCUGUGUAUCACCUGCACAUUCAUGUCCUUGGAGGCCGACAGCUGCAGUGGCCACCUGGCUAAUCCUGCCAGCUGGCCAAGGACCACAGACCUGGAUGCUUGGGUGGGAAAAGGGAAAAGGAAUCCUGUGGUGUUAAUAAACUUAUUUUCCUUCAA